AUGGGCUCGCUGAGCAGCCGGGUGUGGAAGGGGCAGGGGGGAGCCCCGCGCGGGGGGGAGGCGGCGGCGGCGACUGUGGCCGUGAGGGGCGAGGGCCACGGCGGGAGCCGGGGGAGCCACAGCGGGGCGGCCAAGAGGAAGCGGGGCGGCCCUGGCGACGGCACGAGCGACAGCGACAGCGACGGGGAGGGCGAGCGGGAGGAGCGGCUGCUUAACACCCCCAGAAGGAAAAAACUAAAAAGUACCUCCAAGUAUAUUUAUCAAACUCUGUUUUUGAAUGGUGAAAACAGUGAUAUUAAUAUUUGUGCCCUGGGAGAAGAAUGGAACUUGCACAAGAUAUAUUUGUGUCAGUCUGGCUACUUUUCCAGUAUGUUCAGUGGUUCAUGGAAGGAAUCAGGCAUGGAUACAAUAGAACUGGAAAUUCCUGAUCAGAAUAUUGAUGUAGAAGCCUUACAGGUUGCAUUUGGGUCACUUUAUCGAGAUGAAGUGUUAAUAAAUCCCAGCCGAGUCAUUGCCCUCCUGGCCGCCGCCAGCAUGUUGCAACUAGAUGGCUUAAUUCAGCAGUGUGGUGAGACAAUGAAGGAAACAAUAAAUGUGAAAACUGUAUGCAGUUAUUAUAAUUCUGCAGGAACAUAUGGAUUAGAUUCUGUUAAGAAAAAGUGCCUUGAAUGGCUGUUGAACAACCUGAUGACACAUCAGAGUGUGGAACUCUUCAAAGAACUCAGCAUAAACCUCAUGAAACAGCUGAUCAGUUCCUCGAAUCUGUUCGUAAUGCAAGUGGAGAUGGAUGUAUAUACGGCUCUCAAGAAGUGGAUGUUCCUUCAGCUAGUGCCUUCUUGGAAUGGAUCACUAAAGCAACUUUUAAGUGAAGCUGAUGCCUGGUUUUCAAAGCGCAGAAAAGAUUUAGAGGAUGGCAUAUCAUUCUUAGAGUCUGAACAAGGACAUGCAUUUCUGACAGUAUUCAGACAUUUGAGGCUGCAGUACAUAGUCAGUGAUCUGGCAUCUGCAAGAAUUAUUGAACGAGAUAAUUUGAUACCAGCAGAGUGGCUGUCCUCUGUUUACAAACAGCAGUGGUUUGCCAUGCUCAGAGCAGAACAAGACAAUGAUAUUGGGCCUCAGGAAAUCAAUAAAGAAGACCUUGAAGAAAACAGCAUGAGGUGUGGCAGGAAGCUAUCCAAGGAUGGUGAUUAUUGUUGGCGAUGGACUGGUUUCAACUUUGGCUUUGAUUUGCUUGUAACGUAUACAAAUCGUUACAUCAUCUUCAAGCGCAACACACUGAAUCAGCCGUGCAGCGGCUCAGUCAGUUUGCAGCCCCAGAGGAACAUUGCUUUCAGGUUACGUCUGGCUUCUUUUGAUAGCAGUGGAAAACUUAUUUGCAGUAGAACUGCAGGAUAUCAGAUAUUAACCCUCGAAAAAGAUCAGGAACAGGUAGUGAUGAACUUGGACAGCCGACUGUUGGUCUUUCCUCUUUAUAUCUGUUGUAACUUCCUAUAUACUUCCCCAGAGAAAAGAAUGGAGAAUGAUGGGCUGCCAGAUAGCCUGGAAAACUGAGCUUUAUCUUUGAAACUCAGCACUGUUAACCCAUUUUCUUGAAUGCUUUAAUUCAUGUGCUGCAUUGGUGCACAGAAGGAAAGUAAUAAAAAAGCCUUAUGUACUAUAACAGAUAAAAUGCAACUUCUACUCCUUACCUUUACAUUCCUAUGCAUUUUUGAAAUAUUUACAAUUAAAUAUGGUAAACAU